AAUUACUAAGCUAAAUCGAAUAUAUAUAUCGCCAGCACCUUUGCCAUCCCUAAUAGCGUGCAACCACGAGUCCAAAGAUGCAGAAAUUAAAAAAGAAAACAAAGCGUUCUGCGGUUCCAGUCGAUAUGGAAGUGGAGGAUGAACCACAGGCAGAGGGCUCCAAUGAACCACAGGCCGAGGACUCGGAUGAGCCACAAGCAGAAGGCUCGGAUGACGACGAUGAAAUGGAUCUGACUAACUUCAAAGUCAGCUCCAAGAGCUCCUCGUCGGGCUCCACCAAAAAACGCAAGAAGGGCAUUAUUUACAUAUCCAAUAUACCCAAGCACAUGAAUGUGACUCGCUUGAGGGAAAUUCUGGGGGACUUUGGAAAAAUCGGCAGGGUGUAUCUGCAGCCGGAAAAACAAUCAAGCGAAAAGGCCAAGAAGAACAAACGGAAGCGCUACAACAUCCACUUCACCGAGGGCUGGGUGGAGUUCGAGUCGAAGAGGGUGGCCAAGCAGAUUGUCCCCCUGCUGAACAACAAGCAGAUCUCCACGAGAAAGAAGUCACAGUUCUACGAUUCGCUGUGGAGCAUGAAGUACUUGCCGCGCUUCAAGUGGGUGCACCUCACCGAACGCAUGAACUACGAGCAGGCAGUGCACAAGCAGCGCCUUCACACAGAGGUCUCCCAGGCGCGCAAGGAGACCACUUUCUUCCAGAACAAUCUGGACAAGAGCGAGUUUCUCAAUAAGCAGGCCAAGAAGGCCAAAAAGGAGGAGAAGAGAGCAGCUGGCAAAGGCGACUGAUGAUUUUUUUUUUUUAUAGCUUAUCGGGAAAUAUAUCUUAAAUAGGAUUUAACA